CGCGGUCAGUAAGUCUCUAAGUGCGUCAUCUUUCGAGCGGGGCACAUCUGCGCCGCUUACUUGAGGAGAUGAGCGGGUCAGACCAGCUGACAUAAGAAGACCUUACAGUGAGGGUGUUUGUGGGUUUGGUUUUUACAGGCGGACAUGUCAUCCAAGCAGAGCUCAGACACGAACAGCCGGAGGAGGAGGCCGGCUGAAAACACCCAAGAUCCCCCAUGGGCGCAUGAACCCCAGGCAGACCACAAUCAUGAACAGAUUUAUGACCGACUGUGUGGAGGUCCACAACCUAAUUCAACAGACACGUGCACUCCAUCUUCACAUCACUCCUUAUGUUCUGCACUGUGCACAACAAAAUGCACGUCUGCACACGUAUGCCCGAUCCAUCAUGCCUAUGAUGACAGCUGGGUGGAGAUCCAAAGCAAGAGAACCAUCAGAGCAGAGAACGAAGUGGAGGCCAACAGACUGGUCAAUAAUUACAGGUUUGGUUUUAGAAAAUGGAAGAGCCAUGUGACAGAGCGUCCGUUUGAAGACAGGUCAGAGGUUGUGAAAGAGCUCUACUCUGAACUGAACGUCAUUAAACCACAUUCAGGUCAUCUCAUUACAUGUGGAAAUGUAGUGUAUGUGUUUCUCUUCAGUUGGUGGGUCUCUUUGGCAUAUUUCCUGGUCGGCAUACUUAUGUUCAUCACUAUCAUUGGUGCACCGUACGGAAAGCUUUGCUGGAAGUUGUCCUGCUACUUCCUGUGGCCAUUUGGCAAGUCAAUCCACGAGAUUGGAAAUACAUUGAGGAGAUGUUGUGAGCAAGCACCAGACUGUGAGUGUAACACAGAGGGGAUGGAAGAUAACUCGCCAGUUCUGCUGCCUUCGCCAACAGAGGUGCCAAUCCCAGAAUUGCCAGGAAGACCUCUGCGCACUCCCUACUGGUAUCGUUUCUCCACCUACGUGUGGCUGCUGCUGGGAUAUCCCCCUUUGGUGGUUAUCCACUCCCUGGCCUGCUUCUUCUCCUGGAUCCUGGUCUUCACCAUUCCUGUGUCCAAGAUGAACGCACGGACCCUGGGUGUCAUUCUUCUCUUGGCUCCUGAGGAUGUCUCGGUCUCCACCUGCUCACAGAAGAAACAUCAAGGCUAUGAGACCAGAGCACUGCUGUGCUGCUACCACGCUGUAAACUGGUACUACUACAAGUACACUGUUGAUGGGAUCAAUGUGUUCGCUGUCAACCUCCUCCCCCUUGUAAUAGUUGCCAUGGUAAUCGGAUAUAUUGACAGAGAAAACCAGUAUGCUAGCUCUGAGGUCAAGUUCGCCAUAGCCAUCGGCUCCAUCAUACCUCUGUCUUAUUAUAUUGGUAUGGGCAUUGCAAGUAUCUCGGCCCAGUGUAACUUUGCCGUGGGUGCAGUGGUGAACGCCACGUUCGGCUCCAUCACAGAGUUGACCUUUUACAUCACAGCCCUGCUCAAAGGUCACCAGGCCGCAAACCCGUGUCUGCAGGAAGUCGUUAAAGCAGCACUGACUGGCACGCUGCUCGGAUGCAUCCUUUUCAUCCCUGGCAUCUGCAUGAUAAUCGGAGGGCUGAGACACAGCGAGCAAACAUUCAACAGUCGCUCUACAGGAGUGAGCUCUGCGUUGCUUUUCAUCUCUGUAGGAGGUGUGUUUGCCCCCACAAUGUUCUCCAAGACUUACGGAAAUCUGGUGUGCGAUGCCUGCACCAACUCGACUGGAGGAAACAGCAGCGGGCCGUUUGUCUGCCACAACUGCCACUACGAUCUGAACAACGGUACAUUGUUCCACAACCAUGUUGAGCCACUGGUGUACGCAGUAUCUACCCUUUUGCCAGUUGCCUACAUAAUUGGCCUGAUAUUCACACUGAAGACGCACUCCCACAUUUAUGACAUUCAUGUUGGACAAGGACAGGUGUCUGGCCACCACGGAGCAGUAGUCCACUGGUCAUGGUGGAGGUCUCUGGUUAUCCUCAUAAUGGCCACUGUGCUCACAUCCGCUUGUGCCGAUCUCGUCACAGAGCACAUCCAGCCCAUACUAAGUCAGCCUAACAUCUCUCAGUAUUUCAUUGGAGUGACAGUUCUCGCUAUGGUUCCUGAGAUCCCAGAGAUUGUUAAUGGGAUCCAGUUUGCACUCCAAAACAACAUCAGUCUCAGCUUGGAGGUGGGAAUCUGUAUUGCUGUUCAGGUCUGCAUGCUACAGAUUCCAAUUCUGGUCUUAUUUAAUGCCUUUUAUGAUGUGGGAUUUGUGCUGUUAUUCAGUGAUCUGCACCUGUGGGCCAGCAUCUUCAGUGUGAUUCUUGUGAACUACAUCUUCAUGGAUGGAAAGUCUGAUUAUUUUCAGGGUACAGCUCUGGUGAUUGUCUACCUUAUUCUACUGGCUCUGUAUUACUUUGCUCCGUCUCCAGCAGGCUGCUGACCGUGGGACUGAGACUUUUCAGCUCCCCUGAAGUUAGACCUUUUUGAGAGGACUCCAAGUGUGCAAAUUCAGUACCACUCCUUGUUGAUGAGAUUUUAUCAUUACAGUGUUACGAUCAUGUGUGAACCCUGAUAUGGGCCAUUAACUUAAAUAUUUUGUGUAUUUUGUUUUGAUUAGGCUGAAUCCUAAAUUAUACAAAUGACAAAACUGAACAUUUUAAUCUCAGGAAGGAACUUGUUUUGACCAAACAUUAACUCCUAUAACUGAAAAAUGUACAGUUUGUAAACUAACAGUGUGUCCUUAAACUUAUACUGCUUUUCUUUCACAUUUCCAAAAAACUAAAUUUUUACAAUAUAAAUCUGAUGUUAUAAAUUGAACUAUCUGCACUGUCUAAGGUACUGUUGUGAUAUUUUGUAUGCUUUUUAACUCCGAAAUGUUAAAAUGAUACCUGUCUUAGAAUAAAUGAUAUAAGUAACAUUAUUUAACACUGGCACCCUACAGUUGUAAAAAAGUGGCAUUGCUGACUGAACAAUAAUAUCUGCAAAUACAAGAUUUUGAAAAACUG